AUGGCGUCGUUUCUAGUCAUCACCGAGUACUCCCCGUUGGCGUUCCUUGCCCCCGCUGCUGCCGCUCUUGUCACGGUUCAGAUUGUUAGGGCUACGUACAUGCUCUACUUCCAUCCAUUGUCCAAGUUCCCAGGACCGCGCUCUGCCGCCAUCAGCCGCAAAUGGCAGGCAAAGAUCGUCGACAAGGGGUUUCCCGAGAAGGAAUAUAAAAGGCUUCAUAGAGAGUUUGGCACAAGGGCGUUACGCAUCGGCCCGAACCACCUCCAUAUCUCAGAUACAAGUCUCUACAAGGUUAUCUACAGUCAGGUUAAUGCUUUUCCCAAGGAGAAGGCUUUUUAUGAUACCUUUGAGUCUCAUCACACAACGUUUAGCGAGACGGAUGCUCAAUUGCACAAACAGAGACGCAGGCUGCUUAGCCCUCUCUUCUCCAGGUCAGGAGUGAGUAAAUUAGAACCACUUAUUCUGGAGAAAGUAAAAGAGACCAUAGAAAAGGUCCAACGUAUCUCUCAGCGUGGCCCCAUCAAUGCCUGGCCUGCCUUUAGAUGCAUGACAAUUGACAUCAUCUCAGAGUUCUCAUUCGGAACCUGUAUCAAUUUGAUCAACGAGGAUCCGGACACCUUCAGCUCGGAAUAUCUCGCAGCUAUGGAAAUUGCUUCAGAUGUACCAUUUCUCAGGUAUUACAGCACCACGCAACGGCUCUUGGCAAAGUUCAUUCCUUUAUCCGUCGCUGCCAACUUCAACCCAGUACUGAGUCAACUUCAGAGGCUGGUUGGAAUCAUAGGGCACUCGUAUGAUAACUUCACUCAUCGGACGAAUGACUCUCGCUUCCCGGUCCUUUUUGACAAUCUACAGGCGAUACCUCCUGACAUGCAGAAGGCCGAGGCCAUUAAUACCUUUAUCGCUGGGUCUGACACGACUGCCUUUACGCUUGUCACGGCGCUCUGCCACAUUCUUCGUUUACCUGAGGUCGAGAAAACACUGACAAAGUCACUGGAUGAAAUCUUUGGAGAGCAUCAAGCCACUCCAUCGCUUCUCCAACUCGAGCAGACCAAGUAUUUGCGCGCAUGUAUCAACGAAGCUCUCCGUCUUGCAAUGUCGGUACCUGGCAUACUCCCUCGUGUUGUGCCCACACGAUCGCAACCGUUUGUUGUGGACGGUAAAGUGGUACCUCCAGGUACGGUUGUCGGAAUGUCGGCGUAUACGAUGAACACCGAUCCCCAGAUCUGGGGUCAAGAUGCCCAUUCCUUCAACCCAGACCGUUGGCUCGGCCCAAACGCAAAGGAACUUGAGACACAUUUGUGCACUUUCAGCAAAGGUGCCCGUCAGUGUAUAGGAAUCAAGUAUGUAAUAUGA